ACGCUACUAUAUAAGUGAUCAUUUAGUGGUGAGUAAACAUAAGCAAAGACUACUAAUACCAGAAACUGUCCUCAUUAUUUCCCCGGCCCCCUAAUUCUCAAUUCAAUAUGGCAAACCAAACACUAUUGCUAUCUAGGAGAAUAAUUCCACAACCAACAAUCACACUCUCAUCACCAAGAAGUCAGGUUCCUGAUGAGAGUAUAAUCAGGGAGCAAGUCUUGUCCACUCACAACUAUGACGGUAGAAAGUUCAACACUAAUGUCAUUUUGAGCAUUGCCGAAAAUAUUCUUAGUGUCAAGAUGGGUAUUGGUGAAGAAGCAGGGGUGGAGAAGUUGAAUCAACUUGAAGAGCUCAUCAAUUACGAAAAUCUUCCCUCUCAUAUCAGACAACUUUCAUUUGAGAUAGCUUCAGCUGGUUUGAACAGUAGUUUAAAUAAUGAACACUCCACCACUAUUCAUAUACUGAGAAUGCUGUGUUCGUAUGAUUGGGAAGAUAAGAUGGUGUUGAUAUUGGCAGCUUUCUCCAUUAAUAUCAUCUAUGGACAACUCUACUGCAGCGGCCAUGGGAACAUAAUUAGACAGGCAAUGGCUCAGAAGUUGGAACUUCACCUCAACCAAAAACCAGUUGUUGAUUGCAUAAGUUGUGUUUUGCGACUCACUAAAUGUGUUGUUGAGCUCAAACAAACAAUGCCAUCAUCUAAUUACUCUACGCCACAAUCAAUAAUCUCUGCCUUGCCAAUUGCAACCUAUAGGAUAGGUAGAAGUGUUAUUGCCACUACUACUUAUUGUCCUUCUCAAAAUGAUGAACUUGAGGAACUUACCACUUCAACUGCUACCAUACUCCACACUUUUUUCCAAGAACUAGAAAAGAAGAGGGAAGAGGAAUCCUAUGACGCAGUGAAGCGUGCUUUAUGUUACAAUUCUUCUAGUAAGUCUGAAGUUUUCAAGUUAAUGUUCAAUGUGAGGGAUGAUGAGACGCUAUUUAAAGACAAGGGAUUAAAUGAUUGGAACAGCACAAGAUUGGUCCUGCUAAUUACCCAAGGCCAUCACAUCUCUGAACUGAGGAUUCAAUUUCUGAAUUUUUUUGCCCGGCAUGCGAAUACAAGACUACUUUGGAUUCCAAUCGCUCAGAAUAAUGAUGCAUCAUGGACUACUGAGGAUGAGCAACAAUUUAAAAAAUUAAGCAGCAAGACCCGCUUCUAUUGGUUGAACGAUCCGCAAAAAAUGAUUUCACCACAAUUCAUUAGAUUUGUUAAAGAGCAACUCUUUCCCUACUUUCAGAUGGGAGGGGAGCCCAUCAUUGUUUCAUUAGAUCAGCAAGGAAGAAUUGUUCAUCCAAAUAUAAUGCACAUGAUACAAAUAUGGGCUUAUAAGUACAUUGAAGAAAAUACAUUAGGAGUUCAAGGAAUAUAUAAUAUAACUGCUUUGGUAGAAAAAGAGUUGAAGAAAGGGACUUCCAGCAUCAAUCGUGAGAUACCUGAAAUCAAAGAUAUGAUAAGUGUUUUGGUAGGUGACAUUAACCAAAAGAUAGUUGCUUGGACACAAGAUAUUGAAAAGAGGAUACAAAAUUUGAGAGAACAAUCCACUCCGUAUGACAAAGAAAGGGAAAAAUUUUUGUGGCAACAAGAACCAAAUUGCAGUCUCGACCUUGUGGUAGGAAGAUAUGGCCGCAAUGUUCAUCUUGAUUAUGUGAUGCAAAAUUGGUUUGACAGGGAAGAUUAUAUUUUCUUAUAUGGAGGAAAUGACAUUAACUGGGUUCGAGAAUUCACUUCCAAGCUACAUCGACUUGCUUCUAAAAUCCAAUUGAAGGUAGAGUUGGCCUAUGUUGGUAAGAACAAGAUGAUAAGAUCAAUCAUUGAUAAAGAAAAUAUGAGUUACUGUGCAUUGAAGUCCUCUUAUUCAAUAUGGCGGUUUUGGACUCGUCUUCAAAGUAUGUUUUUGUCAAGAAUCUAUUAUUUGGACGAGAUUAAUCACUUUGGUGAAGAGUGCAAUGAUGAAAUUUUGCAUGGACUCAAGAAAUUGUUGGCAUAUGAAGGUAAGAAUACAAUAAUUGAAGGAUGGGCCGUGCUAAGCAAAGGGAAGAAGAUGGUUGUAUGUGGGCAUGGAGCUAAAAUACUACAAGUUAUAAAUGACUAUGAGAUUUGGAAGGAAAACAUAGCCACCAAAGGUUUUGAUGAGGCAUUCAAAGACCACCAUGAGAUGCUUACUUCUUCUUCUUCUUCCUUAAAACGUCAUUCUUGUUGUGCUCUUGAAUAUUCAACUACCCUGAACAAAAUUCCAGAGAAUGAGAAAUGUUCUGAGUGUUCUUACCGGAUGCAUAAAUUUGUUACCUUUACAUGUUGUCAUGGUCAUGACAUUGACUCCGAUGAAGAUUAGUACUAGAUGGUGUGUUUUGUUUCCAAUUUUCAUGUGUAAUUAUAUUAUUCAUUUCCAUUAUAUUGUAUGUAUGUUUAUUUCAGUUUAAUUUUAUUGUCA